AUGGGCGCAAUCCCCGAGGAGCGCCCCGCCAGCCCGCCCGCGCCUGCCACGGCGGCGGCGGCGGCGGCGACUCCGGGCAAGGCGGCCGGCGAGUGCUGGCGCGCGCGUCUGCUGAACUCGAGCGACCCAAUGGUGUCACCGGGCCGCAUCACCCUCGCGUCAAAGAUCAAGUCGGCGCGGCUGGCGGGCUCCCACAGGCUUGGGGGCGCCAACGGCGCGGGGCGGGGCGCGCAGCAGCAGCUCGAGUUCGGGGCCGAGGGUGCCACCCACAACUGA